GAGGUUGUGUCAUGCUGUGUGUUCCAGGGUGCCUGGGUGUGCACAGUAAUGCAGUCACACAGGAUUUUAUCAGUGGGCACAACAGGAACUCGCUGGAUGAAGGAGACAGUUUUGCAGCAGAAGUGAUAAGGAAGAAGCCCUCUGCUCUGGCCACUGCUGUGUGGUCUACCCCAGCCAUGCCACCCUCCUUUGCCGGACACUAAAUUUACUUCACAUUUCUCAUAUUAUCGAAGGACCACUAGGACAAACAUUUCCAGAACAUCAAGAAUAUCGGCUUCUGGAGGCAUCUUCCUUUAGGAACUACAACCUGUCUCUGAAUACUUCAUCCUUCAACCAGAACAACCGCCUGUCUCCUGAUAUUUUCAUCCGCCUAGUACUAUCACCUGUCUUCUGGAACCUCCAUUUGUUUACUUGGACUAUAACCUGUCUUCUACCAUCUGAGAGAACUACAUCCUAAAGCAUCAUCCUUUACCUAGGACUACCACCUGUAUCCUGGAAAUUUCAUAAUUCUCCUAGGACUGUCCUCCUGUAGGCUCCAUCCUUUUUUGUGGAACUACAACCUGUGUCCUGGAAGUUCGAUCCUUCUCCUAGAACUGCCACCUGUCUACUGGAAGCGCUAUCCUUCUUCCAGGACUGCCACCUGUCUACUGGAAAAUCCAUCCUUCUCCCAGGACUGCCAACUGUUUACUGGAGGCUCCAUCAUUCUCCCAGAACUGCCACCUGUCUACUGGAAAAUCCAUCCUUCUCCCGGGACUGCCACCUGUCUACUGGAAGCGCCAUCCUUCUUCCAGGACUGCCACCUGUCUACUGGAAAAUCCAUCCUUCUCCCAGGACUGCCAACUGUUUACUGGAAGCGCCAUCCUUCUUCCAGGACUGCCACCUGUCUACUGGAAGCUCCAUCCUUCUCCCAAGACUGCCAACUGUCUGCUGGAGGCUCCAUCCUUCUCCCAGGACUGCAACUGUCUACUGGACGCUCUAUCCUUCUUCCAGGACUGCCACCUGUUUACUGGAAAAUCCAUCUUUCUCCCUGGACUGCCACCUGUCUACAGGAAUUUUCAUAAUUCUCGUAGGACUGCCACCUCUCUUCUGGAAUAUCCAUCCUCCUAAGACUUCAAAUUGUCCUUCCCAAAGACUCGCUGUCUCCUGCCACCAUGGUUGGCCUUCCUGUAUAAGUUCUGCCAGGAGCAUUCGCAUUGUUCACUCUUCUGACAGGAGCAUCCUCAGUCAGUUCUACUUGUACCACAGUGCCCUCUGUAAUGGGUGGUAACAGCGUGAAGAAUGCCUCGGACGUUCACAGCGAUCCUGCCAUGGCUCCGGUGUCACCAUCACACUAUAAGAUGCAUCAGUCCCCAACAGCCUCUCCCACACGGGACAUGUUCUACACCCCCAUAAGCAGCCCUGACACACGGCCCACUCCCAUGGACACAGGCCCUCCCCCUGAGGAAUCAAACCCCAUGCAAGAUGAGACUAGAAGUGUGGAUGGCUGGGGGGCCCUCUUUGGCAGAGCAAUGAAGAGGAUCCAAAGAGCAGCAUGUGCUUUGGACGAGAUGCACGGUCAACUGCAGGGCCUUCUGACUCCUGGAAGCAGCACCGAGGGGCCCCGAAUCCUGGAUUCAGCUCUUGGUUGGGAGGUUCGACUGACAGAAGUGAGAAAAGACCUGAAGGGAGGCCUGCGAGAACUGGGCGACCUGAGGAGACAGUACGAGGCGCUGAGUGCAGGCUCAGGAAAGGAGAACACGAAGCCCACCGACAUUCAGGCAUACAUGAGAGCACUGGAAUCUGAGGAGAGAGUAGAGCGGGAACGACUGCGGGAUCGGGUCUAUCAAUUAGAGAAAGAAAAUGUGAAGUCAACAGAGAGAAUCAUCGAGCUCCAGGGUGAAGUACAAGACCUCAACCUGCUGCAGUCAGAUCUCCGCACGGCUGUCUCUGUUGCCGAGAGAUUCAGAGAGGAGGCCCAAGAGAAAUUGGAGAAAUGUGAGCAAGAGAACCAAAAACUGAGAAGCAAGGGGUCUGACUCUGUGGAUUGGGCAGAGAAUUCCACUAUCAAUGGUUCACUCAUGGCUUAUCGCAGCCUUCCACGAGGUGUCAUCCUGUCCUCCAUGAGGGAGCCCAUAGUAAAAUCCAGCAGCCUCAUGAGUGUGCCUCCCAGCAGAUCUCUGGCCCCAACUUUAGAUGCUGCUUCAUCCCGUAAAGAGAGAAGAGGAAGCCUGGAAACCUUAUUAAACGAGUCAAAAGCCACAGAGAAUUUGACUGAAGAUUCUGGGUCCUUCUUCCGUCGGUAUGGAGGUUCAAAAAGAGGCGUGUUUCUGCGCUGGGCUCAAGACCGCACCUGCGGGUAUAAGCAUGUGGUUAUCACAAACUUUAGCACCUCCUGGGUAGAUGGCAUGGCUCUGUGUGCCCUCCUGCACUCCUACCUCCCGCAGAGUAUCCCAUACUCACAGCUACGCCCUCUGGAGAAGAGGAAGAACCUCCAAUUGGCUUUCCAGGUGGCCGAGAGUGUGGGGAUCCCCUCCUUGCUGACCACAGACCACAUGCUUCAGACCCAAGGUCCAGACUGGCAGAAAGUUCUUCUGUACGUUGAGUCCAUUUACCAGAAAUUUGAGGCAUAAAUUUAUUGGGACAACCUCUUCUUAGUGUCAGGUACUGCUAUGGUCGGCAGAGGCCAUCAUCCCGUUACAUGGAUUCUGCUAGGGUACGUCAUGUCUUCUGAAGCCACCGGCUCCAGCUAUCUCCUCCCAUGGAGUGUACUGAUGAGCACUGCAGUUACAGCUGGACUGAUGCCUACUAUGGAGUUGCUUCUUUGAGGGCUGCAGCGCGGAAUAAAACUCAUCCAUCUUCCGUC